CCGCCGCCUGCGCCAUCCCCGCCCCCGGCUCCGCGCCGCUUUGAAGCGGGCUCGGCGGUCGCCCGCCCGCCCAGAGCCGCCGGCGCCCCGCCAUGGUGCUGCCCGAGGAGCAGGCCCGGCUGUACCGGCCGCGGCCCGAGCUGCUGCCGGCAGCGCACGUCCCCUCGCUGCCCCACUACGAGCGGCUCUACCAGCGCUCCGUGGAGGAGCCGCACGAAUUUUGGGGUGACAUCGCUAAGGAGUUUUACUGGAAGAGUCAGCACACGGGACCCUUUCUGAAGUACAACUUCGAUGUGACGAAGGGGAAGAUCUUCGUGGAGUGGAUGAAAGGGGCGACCACCAACAUCUGCUACAACCUCCUGGACAGAAAUGUCAAUGAGAAGAAGCUCGGGGACAAAAUUGCUUUUUACUGGGAAGGCAACGAACCUGGGGAUUCUGCGAAAAUCACAUACAGCGAGUUGCUGCACAAAGUCUGUCAGUUUGCCAAUGUCCUCCGCAGCCAAGGCGUGAAGAAAGGAGACCGAAUUUCCAUCUACAUGCCAAUGAUCCUGGAGCUGGUUGUAGCCAUGCUGGCCUGCGCCCGGAUCGGAGCCGUGCACUCCAUUGUGUUUGCAGGUUUCUCGGCAGAUUCUCUCUGUGAGCGGAUUCUCGACUGUGGUUGUUCUCUGCUCGUCACGGCGGAUGCCUUUUUUCGAGGGGACAAGCUGGUGAACUUGAAGCAGAUUGCAGAUGAAGCUCUCCAGAAAUGUAAAGACAAGGGCUCCCCUUUGAAAAAGUGCAUUGUGGUGAAGCACCUGGGGAGGGAAGAACUUGCGGUGGACGGGACAUGCAGCAAGUCUCCCCCUCUCAAAAGGCUGUGCCAGGAUGUACAGGAAAAAAAGACUGAGAGCUCACAGAGACUCCAUCCCAAGGUCCCCUGGAACCCCGCCAUGGACACGUGGUGGCACGAGCUGAUGAGCAGUGCCAGCACCGAGUGCGAGCCGGAGUGGUGCGACUCGGAGGACGAACUCUUCAUCCUCUACACAAGCGGCUCGACUGGGAAGCCCAAGGGUGUGCUGCAUACGGUGGGUGGAUACAUGCUUUAUGCUGCCACCUCAUUUAAAUACGUGUUUGAUUACCAACCUGAGGAUGUCUACUGGUGCACAGCCGACAUCGGAUGGAUAACGGGCCAUUCCUACCUCGCUUACGGACCCUUGGCAAACGGAGCAACUAGUGUGUUAUUUGAAGGUGUCCCCACCUACCCAGAUGUGGGUCGAAUGUGGAGCGUUGUUGACAAGUACAAAGUGACCAAGUUCUACACAGCACCCACAGCCAUCCGGCUGCUGAUGAAGCAUGGGGAGGAGCCCGUCAAAAAGCACAGCAGGAAGACUCUGAAGGUGCUGGGGAGUGUCGGGGAGCCCAUCAACCCUGAAGCCUGGCUGUGGUACUACCGCGUGGUGGGAGAAGAGCGGUGUCCCAUUGUGGACACGUUCUGGCAGACAGAGACUGGUGGCCACAUGCUGACACCCCUCCCUGCCGCCACCCCCAUGAAGCCGGGCUCUGCCACCUUCCCCUUCUUCGGUGUGGUCCCUGCCAUCUUGAACGAGUCGGGAGAAGAGCUGGAAGGAGAAGCAGAAGGCUACCUGGUGUUUAAGCAGCCCUGGCCAGGAAUAAUGCGCACACUGUAUGGAAACCACCAGCAAUAUGAAACCACGUAUUUUAAGAAGUUCCCUGGGUACUACGUGACAGGCGAUGGUUGCAGGAGAGAUAAAGAUGGUUAUUACUGGAUCACAGGGCGAAUUGAUGACAUGUUGAAUGUUUCUGGCCACUUGCUGAGCACCGCAGAGGUGGAGUCGGCCUUGGUCGAGCACGCUGCUGUCUCAGAAGCCGCAGUCGUCAGCCACCCGCACCCCCUGAAAGGAGAGUGCCUCUACUGCUUUGUCACCCUCAGAGAUGGCCACGAGUUCACCCAGAACCUGGCGGAUGAGCUGAAAAAGCAAGUCAGAGAAAAAAUCGGGCCGAUAGCAACGCCUGAUUACAUCCAGUAUGCACCGAGCCUGCCCAAAACCCGCUCAGGAAAGAUUACCAGACGGAUAUUAAGGAAGAUUGCCAAAAACGACCAAGAUCUGGGGGACAUCUCCACCUUAGCAAACCCAGGCAUCAUAAAACAUCUUUUCAAGAACAGAUGUGACACUAAACAGUAGCAGCGUGACCUGUCCCUGCUGAGCAGAAUUGUGGCAGCAGCAGCAGCGUCCUGAUGAGCAGGUCCCUUGAAUAACCGCUGCCUGCCCUGGGAAGGAAACCUUCACCUGCUAAUUGAAUGUACGGACGUUACAGACGAGGGAAGAGCUGGAUCUGGAGAAGCCACGUCUCACAAGCACAUCUAUGCCCUGGAGGAGCGUGUGCAUCGUGUUCCAGACGGGUAUCGUAUAUCUGCGGUUCAGCCUCACGCGCAGAGGGCUCGUCCUCCUCCCUUUUCAGCACCUCGUUCUUGAUUUUUAGUAUUUUUUUUGGGGGGAAGGGGGUGUUAAUUAACUUGAUGUAGUGUAUGUGGCACCUCGCACACAGUGGGAAGGAACUUAGGGGCUUGGAGGGGAAGUGGUGCCUGAGUUACUCAAUGCAGGCAGGCAGGGGAGGUUCAUCUCCCGCUGCCCACACGCCAGCUAAGCUUCCUUUUCUACAGGGAGUGCCACAAGCUGGAAGAGAGCAUAAAACCACUCUCACAGCAUAACGUAUAGCCCAGUUUUAGCCUUGCAUCCACUGCCCAAGCCCUUUGCUAGCAGAGAUCUGAACCUGGAAGGGAGCGGGGCAGGCUCAAGGGAGCUGUGUAUUUUAAACAGGUUUUUAGAGCGGUUUGAUACCAAGAUCUGCUCCUUCCUAACUGCAUGGUGCCAGCCAGUGUGUUUUUCCCAAUCCAGGGACCUUCACUGGCCCUGAGCAGGACAGGGAGCCGGGUACGGUCUAGGAGGAGCAGUCUGGGUCUGACGCUCUCCAUGGAGCACCAUGUGCCCCCGCUCUGCUCUCCCAGCUCCCGCGGAGCUGGGGCUGCGCGCUGGAUGCUCCCGUCAAUGCCGGUGCAGGAGCGGGUGCUGCUGGUACCCAAGGAUGGAGGAAGGGAAACUAAGCCCAGCCAAGGCACCUUUCCCCUCAUGGGCAAACCGGGCGCUGGGUUACAGUGCACCAUGGCCACUGCUACAGCAAAGCAAGGCAGGCAGGGCAUUAGUCCUAAGUCAUGUUUUCCCAUCAGGAAAAAAACUGAAAAAUUUAGUUUUUGUUUAAAUUUGAUACAGCUUUAUGAUCAUGAGAGGGAAAAAAAAAACAAAGCCUUGAGCCCAAGAGCCUGCACGUCACACGGGUACUGCCAGAGCCAUUCUUCAAAUUAAUUACAUUUAACCCCAGCCCUGCGUUGUGCUGGGACAGAUACCUCUUUGUAAUGUCUGUAUGAAAAUUGCAUGUGAACUGUUUGAUUUUUGCACUUAAACCAAAGGAGGAGUGGGCUUUAAAACUUGCCGCAACGGCUGUUUCGGUGUGUACCAACGUACGGGCUUUACCUGCAAACUGAGCUGAGUUUGGUUGGGCUGGGAAGGGAGGAGGCAGCUGCUCAGGGCAGGGGCUGCAGGCGCUGGGGGGGCGGCUGUCCAAGUCCCAGCUCUCACUUCUUACCCCUGUGCGUGCCAGUGUCCCACACGCUCCCCAGGCUCUGUACCACUGGAUCGUGCCACAUCCUUGACAAGGAUUCCUACAUCAUCUCUCCUCCCCUGUUACUCUUUGUUGGCUAUGUACUUUUGGCUGGAAACAGCCAGAAUUUUAUGCAAAAUGGAAUAAAAAUCAAGGAAACCUAAAGGAAA